AUGACGAGCUCAGAAUCGGAAGAACAACCACAGACAUCGCGAAAGCGCUCGCGCAGGAGUAAUAGUGGCGAUGAUGGUGGUGCUGGUGGAAAGAAGGCUAGGGGACGGCCCCGGGUAGAUACGCAGGAUGCCACAGCCGCAGAUAGACGAAGAACUCAAAUCCGUCUUGCUCAGCGAGCUUAUCGCCAACGGAAAGAGACAACGAUCUCAUCGCUAAAGAAUCAAAGCUCACAGCUUCACUCAAUUAUCGAGCAGAUGAACAAGACUUUUCUAAAGUUGAAUGAGUCAACCGUAAAGUCAGGUCUGUUGCAACUGAAUCCGACUUUGGCUCAGGAGUUCAAGCUAGUGACGGAGACAUUCGCGAAUUUGGUCAAGACGGCCAGCGAGGGUCAAUACGAGGGAGACGAAGAUGUAGAACAAGGGGAUCAAGGAGUUGAACGCAAUGGCGCACAGAGACCAGCCGAGCCAGAUACCGAAGCUCAACACGUUGGAUGGGGCUAUUCCACAGUCCCGAAAUCGGAUGUUCAGAAGCGCCCGCAACAACAAUUAUCAACACCGGACAGCUACCUCGCGCAUAUCAGUGCUGCUUAUGGCAACGUAGACACUAGCCGGAACGACCUAGUGUCAUGUCGUGUGUUCCCAACUGGUGCUGUUUUCGAUCAAUCGAGCCGGUCUUCACAACGUACAGUAGAUCCACCGUCUUCGCAUACUUCAUCGCAACCGGCACAGCUCCCCUUUGGUCUUGUAGACCUACUCGGCCAACAGCAAACACCCUUCGCACCGUCAAAUCCGCAUAUCUACUCCGUCCGUAUACCCACGCCUGAAGCUAUCCCACCAAUAAAUAGGCUUCCAACCCCACCUUCAACGAAAGCCCCGACGAAAACACUCCGACCGGUGACAACGUACAGUUUUGAAGAAACAACGUUUGCCAGGCGAUUGUCCAGGGCAGCACUUGAGACGGGAUUCCAUCUACUCAGUCGCGCCAAUGAUCGUCCUACGGCGAUACAGCGCGUCUUCAAGCUCUCUCUACCCCACCAAACUCUCGAUCAAAUACGGAGCCGCUUCCGGACUAUUAUGUCCCGUACUAUUGAGGAAGAUUUGGACUGGUGGGACUCGCCCUUCAUCCAUGUCGGCGGUGCAGGAACUCACUAUCCACGACGGGAUGCUGCGGGCAACUUAACAUCGGUCAAAAAUGGAUGGCACGUGCGGCAAAUUGGACCACCAGAAAAGAGAGUGCAUAUAAUAGUGAAUGCAGAAGACGGCAGGAGUGAGGAAUUGGGCGACAUGGAUCUGAGUGAAUUUGAGGGAGAGUGGUUCGAUAGCCAUGAUGUGCAGGGGUACUUGGAGGAUAAAUACGCGUGCAAGCUCAACCCGAGGAGCUCGUUUGCGGAGUGUAUCAUCGACGAAGAGGACGAAGGGGUGUCCGAAGUCCACACCAGUGCGCUACGACCACGUGCAAGCAUACCAACGGAGCUGCCUCGUCUCGACCAGAGCUCUGCCAACCCAUCGACAGCCUCGUCAACCACUUCGACAAAUCGACCUAGUCAGUCUUACAACAUCGCAAGCGAUGGAGCCUUCGGCUUAGACAUGUCCUUCGGUCACGCUGGCGACUUUCCCAAGCUCGUCAAUCACGAUAUCUCGUUCGAUCAAACACUGGGAUUAGAUCUCGCCCCAGGAUACAAUUAUGAUUUCUCGCAUUCCGAUGUCUUUCAUGCGGGCGACAUGGAUUUGAGCAUGAACAUUAUGAACGACGUAGCGGCAGUUUUGCCAGGGAUGAGGCAUGGGCGGAGGAAGACUGCCUGGGUUGACGUUUCGAGACUCAUCGAUGAAAUUAUUGCACGUGGCGUUUGUCUUGGGCGAUCGGCGGGAUACAGGCGCAAAGAUGUGGAUUUAGCGGGCGGCGUCUACCAGACGAUUAUCGAGAAGGUAAUCCAGACGUCGCAGAAUGACUUUGAGGAGUCUGGCGUCGACCACAGUACCCUCGACGAGAUGAAGCAGGGUUGGCAAGAGAGGCUAUCUGCUCUCAAAAUCGCUCACUUCCCUUGGGAUCCUGCUCCUGAACCUGUUCGUCAACCGCCGACGGUGCCGUCCAACGUCAAGGUCGACAAUGAUAUGCCUCCUGUCUCCGGACCUCAGGAAGGUCUUAACUACCCGAAUGUGCCCGUGAAGGCAGAGGGAGGAUACCAGCCACCAGUUGCUAACUAUCCUCCAGCCCAGACUGCAAACAAUGGUUACGGGGGCAGCUAUGAUCAGAACACACAGUUAGCGAAUCAGCGCGCGGCUGCUCUAGUCCAGCAACGCAUUCAGCAACAGGGCCAUGUUCAGCAGCAGAACUUCCCCAACCUUGCUCAACAAGGACAUCUACCCCAGAUGCCAAUGCAAAACCAGCAGCAGCGAAUGAUGGCGCCGCAGCAACAGCAUCAGCGCCCACCGCAACAGCAACAACAACCGCAACAGCAACAGCAGCAAAUGCCGCAACAGCGUCCCCCACCGCAAAACCAUAUGUACACCUCCCAGACUGACGGUUCAGGUGAUGCUAUGGCCGAUUGGGAGGCCUUGAAGGCUGCACGCGCCGCGGAUGCAGUAGAGCGCAUGGCAGCGGAUGACUUCAUGCGUGCCCGUGUUGAUGCCAUGGCUAUGCGCCAAGACAGUGGACUCAUGGUGCCGCUCGACUCGAUGCCGAAGGGCAAGAAGCGAAAGGCUGCCAUGCGUGUGUUACAGACCGAAGACGCAGAAGCAUCGUCGAGCGCACCGGGCCCUGCUCGCUUCGAUGGCGACGAUGAUGUCAAGCCUGAAGAGGAUCCGGAUGACGCGAUCAACUCUGACCUUGAUGAUUCCGAGGAUGAGCUCGGUGAUGGCGACAAUAGUGAUGAUGAGAUGGUCGACUAUAUGCUCUGUACCUAUGAUAAGGUUCAGCGCGUCAAGAACAAGUGGAAGUGCACCCUUAAGGACGGUAUCCUGACCACAAACAAGAAGGAAUACCUAUUCCACAAGGCAAAUGGUGAAUUCGAAUGGUAG